CAGCUUUAAAAUACAUUAAGAUUAACAAGUAGGUACCUAGUGUAUGAUGAACGCCAAGGUGGCUAUUUACGACUUAGUUCAAUUUAAGAAUCGUUAACAAUGGCUCGUUGGUCGGAUAGUCAAUUUACGGUUUGUUCCGAAGAUUCUUUCAUUAGUGGUGUAUAUUAUAAAAAGGACAAUCCUAAUAGCCUUAAAGGACCACUAAAAGCGGCCAGACUUUGUAUUUUAAGUUUACUUGUGCCUGGCAUUUUGGUCAUUGCACCAUUGUAUAUUCGUUAUCAUGUUUAUUCUGAUCAUAAAUAUCCUUUAGCUAUAACUGAUAUGAGAAUAUUAGAUCAAAAAUUGUCAACAUUUUGGUGCCAACGCCAUAUAGUGAAUACUAAUGCUACUUUUAAUGCAUAUUCAAUGCCAGAAAAACCAUCUAUGUUACCAAAAAUGGAAUUUGUUGAAAUGGAAAGGCAUAUUACGUUAGAAGACGAUAUUAAAGAAUAUUGGGGAUUCUAUCUACUUAAAGAUUCAAUCGUAAAAGUGUCUACAUGCUCAAGGUGGCCUGGAGCUAGUAUAAUAGUAAUUAAAGGACACAAACAUUUAAAAGAAUGCGCUUAUAUAGGUGAUAAUUCUAGUGAAGAACUUGAUGAACUCGAAUCUUCUGAAGAAGGCAACGAUACACAUAUUCCAAAUUUUAUGAGGAAACUUACUUCUGGUAUGACUGUCCCCGAUAUGGCACCUGACGUGGUCUAUCUUACAAAUCAUCCAAAUGAUAGCAAUGUAAAUCGCACGUAUUUUAAGAGAUCCAGUAAGACUGCUAAUCAUCAUUUAGAUUAUGCUGAAGAUUUAUACCAAAAAGAAAUGAAAGAAAAAAUUGAAAACGAGGACUAUGUAGUCCAAACUGUAAAAUCUAAACCCGUAUUCACAAACGUUAACGAAAUCAAUAACAUACCUCAAUCAAAAGAAUUGAUCGAAGAAUCAUUGCGAAAAUUGGGAAAUCAAGGAAAAGACGGUGCGACACUUUUACGCAAAUUAAAAGAAGUUCUUAAAAAUGAUCUAAAUGAGCCAAUGAAUGACACAAAUAGACUUUAUCAAAUCAUUGAAAAUGCAAUGUCUGACGAUGAUACAUCAUGGCGUGCCCCUAGGUUGAGGCAUUAUCGGAAUAGAUUUAAACGGUCCGCUGUAAAUGAUAAAGAAGUUCAAGACAACUUGAGUAAAGAAUUAUUUAAGCACGACCAACAAAACGAUGCAGCCAAUGAAGAGGCUGAUCCGCUUUCACCAGAUGGAAUUGCUCAAGUUCGUGGAAAAGUAACUGAAAACAAUACGCACACGACAAAGGACCGCAGUCAUAGCGAGUUUUGGUCUUCAUUUUCUAGUAGUGAAGAAAUGCUUCUUGAAUGUGAAGGUCUUUUAUUAAGCUUACCAUUAGCUCCACACCAUAAAUGUUUACCUCCAAACAAAAAUCCUGAUUAUGAAGCAGCCAGCCAUCAGAACACUGUUACUUAUAAGGUUCCUGGUGAUGGAUAUUAUUUUUUCGUAUUCAAUAGCGAGAACGAGAUUCAAGAUAAUUUUAUACGUAUACAUUUUGCCAUCAAUAAAACCGUAUACGAUGUCUCAAAACCAAUUUCAUCUUGUUUAAAUGUUACUGGUGAAUGUCAACUACCUUUAAAUUUUUGGUCACAACAAACAACAGUUUUAGAAAUGUUAAAUCCUGGGCCGAAUAGUGAUUCUGGAGAUGAAUUUAUAGCCAUUUCUACUUGCCAGCCCAGAUCUGCAGUAUAUGCCAUUUGUUUGAUUACAGCACCUGUUCUGUUUGUUUUAUUUUCUUUUCAUUAAUAUUUAUAUCUAAAUUAUAUCUUUUUGCGUGGAUUUUAUAUAACUAACUAUAUUAAUAAGCAUUUAAAUCAUAAAAAAGAUCAAAUUAAAACGGUUGGUGAUUUAAAUGUCGAGCCUAAUAAUUAGUUAUAAUAAAUAUUAAUACAAAAAUUAUAAUGAAGAUCCCGUUUGAAGUAUUAUAAUAUCUCAUAAAUUGUAUAUAAAGAUAAGUUAAUAUAAUUAAUAUACAAUACAGCUCAAUUUACUAACGUCACUACGUCAGUAGUACAUGUAUUAAUGUAUUAUGUAUAUUGGUAUUCAGUAAAUAUUCGGCGAAUUGUAUUGAUUAUGUAACAUAUAUAUAAUAUACUAUAAUAUAUGUUCCACUUUAAUACCACCAAUAACUACAAAAAGAUUAGAAAUAAAUUGAUACAGCUAUAACCUCAAAUUAUAGGUGUUAAGAAUAUUGACUAAAAUAAUUUAUGUAAUUUAAUUUAUUAUAUUAAAUUAUAAAUAUUGAUAAUUUCUAUUGGAUACCAAUAUGUAAACAAAAUUCUUAUACAUGUACAAUGGCUAAGUUAGUUUUUAAAAACAUUCCAAGCAUUUUCAAUUGCCGUGAAAAAUGUCUACAUAAAAUCAUUAAAUAAAAUAGCCUAAUAUAUUGAAAUAAAUGAGCUAAAUAAUAUCACAACUAAUUAAAAACUUAUAAUUACUGGAUUCACUUAUAAGUAAAUUCGUUUAUAAAUAGGUAUUAACAAAACACAAAAUUUUAUUGUAUUUAAAUAUUAUUUUCAAAAAAAAUAAUGAGACUGAAAACGAGUUUUAAGCUUACUUGUUAUUUAUCUGUGAUCAAAAAAAAAAAAAAUUAGAUGAUUUGCAUCAGUAGGAUGUUUUGUAAAACUUCUUUUUGUACGUGUUUAUUGAAGUUACUAAAUUGUUUUGUAAAUUAGUUAUAGAUUUAUAAUUUAUAAUUAUAAAUUAUAUUUCUAUUAAAAUCGUGUAAACAUGUUUUAUUUGCUUUCAACAAAAAAUUUACAAUUUAAUUUUUAUAAAAAAAAAAAUGUUAAAUUUAAUCAUAGAAACGAAAUAUUAUAAGCUUAUAUAUACAUUUGAUAAACAGUUAUACACGUAUACAAUGAAACCAAUAAAAUUAUUUAAAAUCGUCUUUGUUCAAUAUAAUGUCAUACAUUAAAAAAAUAUUCAAAAACUUAGCCAAUAGAAACUAUUUUAUUUACAUUAUUUGAUUUGUUAAAAGUAACUUUAUAAUCACCACUGCAGAAAAUUUAAUUUUUUUGCAUUUUAUUAUUUUAAAAGAAGUUUCUAUACCUAGUAAUUUAUUUAGGUGGAAUUAUUAAAGUUCUUGAAUAAAUGUUAUGUAUUUAUAAUUUUAUUUAACUUAUAAUAUUUUAUACAAAUACAAUCAAAUUACUCAAGUUAACUUAAAAAAUUCAACAUUCUAUAAUUAUUAUUCAUUAUUAUAUUAAUAAUGUGUAGCUUAUAUAAAACCUAUAACAUUUUCUAAUCGGUUUGUGCAUAUUCCCACACGGAUGUAUAUUAUAUUAUUAUAUAUUUGACUAUUGUACCUAUACUGAACCUCUUUUAUAAUUAAGAUAAGAUAAUUAUUGUUAUAAUUUUAAUAAUUGUUAUGUAAAUGCAUGUACUUUUAUUUUGUUAUUGUUAGCGUAAGCGUAUACGUUGUACGAAUAACAAUUAUGUUAAUUUUUAUAAUACACAAUAUUUCACAAGUUAUAUUUGAAUAAAAAAUGUUGAUGAAAUUUAUUCUAAAAUUGUAUUCAAAUUACUCGCAGAUCAGUUCAACAAGGUACGAAUACUGGAAGAUGAAUUAAUUUCGUUAUUUAAAGCAGUAUUAAUUCUUUUAAACUUUAUUCAUUUUUGAGGUAAAAAGUUUUAAAAUAACAUCAUUUAUUAGCAUAAAAUAUUUUUCAUUUUAUUUCAAACUUAAUAGUCUUACAAAUAAUGAUAAUAAUUAAAAAGUAAACUAUUGUUUUAAAAUUGGUAGAUGGUAGUGACAUAAAUCUGUAAGCAUAGCCGGAUUAAGGGGAUGCUAAGCGGGUUUUAGCUUAGCUUUUUUCAGCCUCCUCCCCCCUUCCCGAAAAAAAAUAUAGACUUGCAGCUUUUCUACAAUUAUAUGUAUUAUAGAAUUAAAAAAAAACGAUUUUAGUAAUAUUUAUUUAAAGAUACAUUUAUACUAUUCAUUUUAAAUAAUUUUCAAAGUUGACUUUAAUUAAAAAACGACUAAGAUCUAUACAGAUUGAAUAUAGGUUGAACACAUUAGUAAUUAUAUCUACAAUAGAAAAUUUGAAAAUUACAUAUAAAAAGCUCUCAUUUGAUGACGUUGUAGAUACUUUUGCAUCAAGUAAGUCUAGAAAAAAUAUUUUAAAUAAUCAUUUGUUUGUAUUUUCAAAUUAUUACUAUUUAUAUAUUUUAUAUUUUAACACUAAAUUAAAUUGUAUUUUUUAAUAAAUUAACAAUGUAAUGUAAAUUUUCUCUCUGAGAAAAAAUUAUUUUCUUAUUUUACUAAUAAAUAUCAGUUGACAUAUUAUUAUAAAAGUACUUUUUUUGUAAAAUUAGGGCCCCCAAAAAUAAAUUAGCCCAAGGCCAUUAAUUUCAUUAAUCCGGCUAUGUCUAUAAGAAUCAUAAAAAUAUAUAAAAUAUGUUUGAUACAUUAAAAUUAGCAAACUUAAUAUAUCUUAUACACUUUUGUAUAAUAAUUAUAAAUAUGAAUAAAUAUGAAUAUAUUAUGAUCAUUAUAUUCUGAUUUAAUAAAUAUUUAAAAAUUAAUCUAUUUGA